GCAGCAACCCGAACUCCACUUCCGUCGCUCGCCCGCGCCGGAGUCGAGGGAGAAAAGGAAGCUCCGGAAGAGUGUAGAGGAGGAUCACAAAUUUUUCUUUAUUAUUUUCCUUUGAGUUCCUGGAACGAUGUUUCGAUCCUCGAAUCGAAUACUUCGAAAGUUACUCGAGAAUGGAGAUUAUCACAGAACAGCUCACUAUUUGAUGCGUAGAUUUCUAUCGCAAGAACCUCUUUUGUGGUCCAAAGGGAGCUAUGCUAGGCGUUUUCCGCCUCUCUUUCGUCCCUUGCCGGGCCUCGAGCUUCCGCAGUGCCUCCUCAACUCUCAAGAUAGAUAUCCCACUAAAAUCACCACACUUGAGAAUGGAGUAAAGAUUGCUACAGAAGAUUCCAUGGGGCCUGCUGCUUGCCUAGGAAUAUUUGUUGAUUCUGGUUCUAUAUAUGAAAAUGAGGAUUCUCGUGGUGUUACCCAUCUUCUAGAAAGAUUGACUUUUAAAGAUACGACAAACCGUUCCCAUUUGCAAAUAGUACGUAAUGUGGAGGUGACAGGAGGAAAUGUGGGUGCAUCUGCCUCUAGAGAACAAAUGGGAUAUAGUUAUGAUACCCUCAAGGCCUACAUGCCGCAAGCUGUUGAGUUACUCAUUGAUUGCAUCAGGAACCCUAUGUUUCUUCAUAGUGAGGUUGAACAACAGCUGGCAAAAGUUAAAGAAGAAGUCCGUGAAAUGAUGAAGGAUCCUCAAAAGUUUCUUCAGGAAUCACUUCACCUUGUUGGCUAUUCUGGUGCCUUGGGAAAUCCACUAGUGGCCCCUGAGAUGGCUUUAGAAAGAAUUGAUGAUUCUGUUGUUCGGAAAUUCUACUUUGAAAAUUAUACUGCCGAUCGCCUGGUUUUGGCAGCAUCAGGGGUUAAUCAUCAAAAUUUCAUAGAUAUUGCUGAACCUCUGUUAUGUGACUUAGGAAGAGGGCCCACUAUAGAAGUGCCAAAAUCUGCAUAUGUUGGCGGUGAUUUCAGGCACAAAGCAGACUCAGAGAUGACCCAUGUGGCAUUGGCUUUUGAAGUUCCAGGGGGGUGGCAUCAAGAGAGAGAUGCUACUACCCUGACCGUUUUGCAGACUUUGAUGGGUGGCGGUGGUUCAUUCUCUUCUGGUGGUCCUGGGAAGGGAAUGCAUUCUCGACUAUAUCUUCGCGUCCUGAAUAAGUAUCAGCAAGUGCAAUCCUUCUCAGCAUUUAGUAGCGUGUACAACGACAGUGGUCUCUUUGGCAUCAUUUCAACAACCGGAUCAAACUUUGUUGAAAAAGCAGUUGAUGUUGCGACUAAUGAAUUGCUCGCUAUUGCAACCCCCGGUCAGGUGACUGAACUUGAACUUAGUCGGGCCAAAAAUGCAACUAAAUCAGCUGUUUUGAUGAACCUAGAAUCCAGGGCAAUUGUUACAGAGGACAUAGGAAGGCAAAUUUUGACUUACGGGUGCAGGAAACCAGUCGAGCAUUUUCUAAAAUGUAUAGAUGAACUAAGUCUCAAUGACCUCACUACAAUGGCUCAAAGAAUUUUAUCUUCGCCUCUCACAAUGGCAUGCUGGGGAGAUGUUGACUCGGCUCCCUCCUACAAUUCUAUCAGUUGGCGUUUUCAGUCCUAGCACUGGUAAAAGGCGAAGUAAAAGGCGUUUUCAGUCCUAGUAUUGGGCGUUGUGCGGAAAAUUCAUCUGCUAGUAAUUGCAGUGUUAUAUAAAAUAUUUUGCGAUGGCUAUCUCUGACAUUCAUUUGCUUUGAAAGUGGAAGAGCUUCAGCAUUCGAGUAAACGAGGUGUAGAUGCUGCUAACAGCGAUCAAAUGAUUUAUAUCUUUCAUCUGAGAAAGUCGGCAGUGUGCAGCACUAAACUGACGAAAAUUUUGUUUCUUCCUUUUUUCCAGCCAACUUAAAUUCCAUUAAAAACACGAAGUUGCUGUUGUUUGUUCUUUUCAAAUUUAUCUGAUUAGCUUAUUGUAUUUUGUGUUGCCCAAACAAUUUCUCUGUUUAUAGUAAAUUCUUGCUCUUUUUCAA